AUGGACCGAUAUCACGUUCUUGAAUGCAUAGGUGAGGGUUCAUUUGGACGCGUUCACCGAGGUCGUAAACGCUAUACUGGACGGACUGUAGCCCUUAAGUUCAUAUCCAAAUCGGACAAAAGUGAUAGGGCCUUUCAAAACUUGAAAAAGGAGAUUGAAAUUAUGAAGUCUUUGAACCAUCCCAAUAUAAUUGCCAUCGUCGAUGCCUUCGAGACGCCAAAAGAAAUGGUCGCCGUUACGGACAUUAUUCAACUUGUCAAGAUGAUUACCACUAACAAGGUCAAGUGGACUGAUAAGAUGUCUCCUAUGUUCAAGAGUUUCCUAGCUGGUUUGUUGGAAAAGGAUUCCAAGCGGCGACUUCAAUGGCCUGAUCUUCUCUCACAUCCAUUUGUCGCGGAUCUUGUUGAUGGUAUAGGAAUUCUUCUAGGAUGGUUAAAUGAUUUUGUUUAUUUUCUCUUGUCCACUAAAACCUUCCCUAACGAUUUGAUGGUAUACCUGUAUAGGGAAAAGUUACAGCUAUUUUUUGUAUCGAAAUUUUUGAUUUAUUAUUUCGUUGUAAAAUGUAUGAGACAAUGGAACGAAUUGUUUUUGCUCAAGUUUUUUGCAGUGACUUUUAAUAUGAGGAAACCUAACACUUUAAUGCUACCUUCUAUUAUAUAUCUGAAGAUUUCCACUAUUAUUCCUUAUUUGCUUAUUGCUUUGUUCUUAAUGAAUCUUGGGACAAAUUUUACAACUCCUUGUGCUUACUGA